AUGUCUUCCACUACACCUCAAUCGACGACAUUCGACUUGACAGUUGAAGACUCCGUGGGUCUGACCCAAAUUCUCACCCAAAUCGAUUCAUCAAAUGUGACAUUGUCAACCACCCCGGGGGCUGGAGAGGCACGGAUCGCGGACUUCUUGGUAGAUUGGCUCAAUCUCCGCGACAUCGAGACCCACAAGAUUGAGACUGUUCCCGGUCGCCCAUCUGUCGUUGGUGUGAUCCGGGGAUCGGGUGGUGGAAAGUCGUUGAUGCUGAAUGGUCACAUUGACACAGUCAGCUUGAACAGCUACGAGUGCGAUCCUCUCUCGGGGCACAUUGCCGAAAAGAACGGACGCCCAGCCAUUUUUGGUAGAGGUGCUCUGGACAUGAAGUCCGGUCUCGCUGCCGAGAUGGCAGCCCUUGCACACAUCAAGGCCAAUAAGAUCCCCCUCCGCGGAGAUGUCAUCUUCGCAGCCGUUUCCGAUGAAGAGGAUGCAUCUCAGGGCACACAAGACCUCAUUGCCGCUGGCUGGCACGCCGACGGUUGCGUGAUCCCCGAGCCUACAAACCGUGUUCUCAUCAAUUCCCACAAAGGCUUCGUCUGGUUUGAGAUCGAGAUCCUGGGAACUGCUGCUCACGGCUCUGAUCCAGCAUCUGGCGUGGACUCUAUCCUGCAGACUGGGUGGUUUUUGACUGCGUUGGAGGAAUAUCAGCGUGAACUACCUGUCGAUGACAUGAUUGGGCCUGCGUCAUUGCACUGCAGUCUGAUCAAUGGUGGUGAAGAACCCUCCUCAUAUCCAGCCAAAUGCACGGUGACCGUUGAAUUCCGAACGGUCCCUGCGCAAACCGAUAAAUCCCUUCGGAUCGACCUUAGCAAUAUGCUAAAGGAAAUCGCCCGAGUCAAGCCAACCUUCCGCUUCGCAGAGCCUCGGUUGACUUUAUCCCGACCGUCUCAUAAGCUACCGGUGGAGCAUCCUCUGGUCCAACAGACAGCAGAGAUUGCACGCGAGGUGUAUGCCAAUGAUGUCUCUAUCGAGAGCAUGGCUAUUUGGUGCGAUGCUGCGCUCCUCAGCGCUGCGGGUACUCCGACCAUCGUGAUUGGACCGGCGGGUCAAGGGUUGCACGCGAAGGAAGAGUGGGUGGAUAUUGGAAGCAUCCGGCAAACGGAGCAAAUUUUUGUUCGCCUCAUCUCCAAUUUCUGUCAAUAA